UCUGCUGUGCAACCUUCUAAACAAACCAUAAAACGCAUAAAACUCGUGACUUUAUACACUAUGCAACGCAACACGCGCAACACAGAAAGUUGACCCACUUAGCCAUAUGCAUAAACAACGCAAAAUCAUGCAACUAAAAGCUGCAAUUUUAUAGAGCUUUAAUAUCCAUGCAAAUGCAAAAGAUUUAUGAAAUUGUAAAGCUUAACAUUCUUACAGCCAGCAAGUAAAGGAGCUUUUUACUGGUGCACACAUUACAUACACAUAUACAUAGUUCAACUAGCAGCUUUUGCAAGCUCAGCUUACAAGAACGUUACACGUAAUGCAGAGUGGCACAGAAUGCUUAACGCUCUGUUACACUCACUCUCACUUUCGCUGAUGUUGCCACGUGAUUUACACAUGUGUACGUACAUAUGCUCUGUUAUCUCUUUGCCCAUUGAUUUAACAUUAUUUUACACAAGCACACAUACUAACAUAUGUUUAUGCCAGGCAAAUAGCCACAAACAUACUCAAUAUUCGUCUACCCAGUGACCGGGAAAAGCCAUUUAUUUAGCUGCCUGUUGUGAUUAAGGCGCCAACCUUCGAGAAACUGAUAACUGCAAACGUGAGAAUCCGCGCUGCACGUAGACGCCAUAAAAACAAAUCUAAGCGUUGCCAGACGCACGUGUAAAGCGCUCAUCAGCCUUGCCUCAAAGCAUUGAUUGAUUCAAAUACACACACGCACACACACACACGCACUUGAAUGUGUGCCAGUGUAAGUGACCUUCUAUGGCUUAAUUGCCGCGACUGGCAUGCGGAAUGGGUUACAGUUACAUGGCGCACAGUCAAAAAAAAUAAAUUAAAGUACAAAUAAUUUGGAGCAUUUCUGUGUGUGUGUGUGGUUGUUAGAUUGUGGGUGACGCAGGUGUUGCGGUGCCGCCCGCUUCCGCUUGGCGUGCGCACAGCCCCAACUGCGCGAGCAACCUUGUGAUCUUGUUUACUGUUUAGCGACCCCACCGAUCACGACAUCAUAACACAUACACACAUACACACCUACACACACACACACGCAGACACAACGAGGCGCACGAACCUGUCGGCGCUGGGGUGGCGUCAUAUCAACAUUAAGUCUCUGGGUGAGCUGCUGCCGUUUGCUAUUUUCACCUUCUAUGGGACGACGACGCGUCGUCGCGUUGGCCGCAUGAAUCAGCGCCACGCUCUCCUGUGGCUGUCGCUAUCUCUGUCUACGCCGUAUCCGUCUGUGACUGUGCUGCGCUCUCGCGCAUUUUGUGAAUCCCGCUCGCACGCUCACUGGGGGUUUUGAUAUUUCCAAAAAGGAAGAAAUGCCCAAUAGAACUUGCAGUGCUUUUUUUGCGCUUAGCGAGAGAGAGAGAGAGGGGGGCAUAUGAGUAACUGUGCGCUCUCGCAAAGGCCGCGGCGUAGAUAAACUGACUGCACACACAGGUAGAGCCGACAUCGUUGCUACCUACAUAAACACACAAAUGUAUGCAGCCAAAUAUCUUGUAUGCGUGUGUGUGUGUGUGUGUUGGUGUGAGUGCCUGGUCGUGUGGCUCGCGCUGCGGCGAUUUCGAUUUAGCCAGCGAACCUGUCGAUCAAUCGUCAGUCGUCUGCUGUAAGCCCAUGCGAUAAGGUGGUCGCCAGCAAAAACGCACGCAUACAUAAACACACAAGCACCAACACGCACUCGCACACACAUUGCCGAUUCGUCGUCGUACCAAACGAUCGUUCGUCGUCGCUCGCUUCGUGCUUCGGGAAACGUUUAAUCGCGCUGCAUUUAGAACCUGACAGCCAUUCGCUUGCCGUAGCUUGUAGCGUGCGGUUGCCUCUCCCACUCAAGCGGAAGAAUAUCAGAAAUAAAAACUCUCCAAGCAAUAUUAUAACGUAUUUCGACGUAGUUUCGUCUCGUCGUCGUUGCGCGAAAGUGAAAAGUGAUCUUGAAACUGAAAACUAAACAAAUCAACUGCUUUGCAAGAAUUACACAACAACAACAACAACAAACAAACUAAGCAGUGCAACAAACUAACUGUAAAGAAAGUGCGCAGCAAAUUUCUGCAUUUGCUGCUAGUGCAAAAAGAAAAGAAAAACUCUAUCAAACUGUGUCUUAAACUGCAUAAACAAUAUAUAGCCGAUAUCGAGAUGGUUACCGGCGUUACCACAAACAUGAGCCCCAAUGUAUUGGGCACCGCUGUCGUCUCCACGCAGCAGCAGCAGCACAAGGAGGCGCCAAUCAAAAGCGAUCGUCGGUCGAACAAGCCGAUUAUGGAGAAACGUCGACGUGCACGCAUCAACAAUUGCCUGAACGAGCUUAAGACUCUCAUCCUGGAUGCUACCAAAAAAGACCCGGCGCGCCAUUCCAAGCUAGAGAAGGCCGACAUUCUGGAGAAGACAGUCAAACAUCUGCAGGAACUGCAGCGCCAGCAGGCAGCCAUGCAACAGGCCGCCGAUCCCAAGAUCAUAAACAAGUUCAAGGCCGGCUUUGCAGAUUGCGCCAAUGAGGUUAGCCGCUUUCCCGGCCUUGACUCCACCCAGCGUCGCCGUCUGCUGCAGCAUCUGAGCAACUGCAUCAAUGGCGUCAAGACCGAACUGCAUCAUCAGCAGCGCCAGCAGGCGCUAGCCCAGGCGCAAUCGCUGCACGCCCAAGUUGUGCUGCCCUCGCCGCCCAGCUCCCCGGAGCAGGAGCCCUCCGUCACGCCAGUUGCAGCCAGCGGCAACAACAACAGCAGCAGCAACAACAACAGCAACACAACAGCGCCCUAUCUCUUUGGCCAGAUCCAACAGAAUGCGAAUGGCUACUUCUUGCCCAAUGGCAUGCAGGUGAUACCCACCAAGCUGCCCAACGGCAGCAUUGCGCUCGUGCUGCCACAGAGCCUGCCACAGCAGCAGCAGCAACAGUUGCUGCAGCAGCACCAACAUCACCAGCAACAACAGCAACUGGCAGCAGCCGCGGCUGCCGCUGCCGCCGCCGCUGCGGCCGUGGCACAGCAGCAUCAGCAAUCGCCGCUGCUGGUGGCGAUGCCGCAGCGCACGGCCAGCACCGGUUCCGCCAGCUCGCACUCCUCGGCCGGUUACGAGUCGGCGCCGAGCAGCAGCAGCAGCAGAGGCAGCUAUGCGCCGCCCAGUCCCGCCAACUCCGCGUACGAGCCUAUGGAUGUGAAGCCCUCGGUUAUACAGCGUGUGCCGCAUUUGCAUUUGGAGCAGCAGCCGCUCUCGCUGGUCAUCAAGAAGCAGAUCAAGGUGGAGGAGGAGCAGCCCUGGCGGCCCUGGUAAAUGAGCCAGGCGCUCGUUCUCCCUCUCUCUCUCUCUCUCGCUUAGAUUGGGUUCAGUUUUGAAUCUCCUCCCGCCAACCCGCCAACCGCUUUAAAGACUGAUGGGCGUCGCACACACACACGCACACACUCCCACAUACACACACACACACACACACACUCACACACUUGCGCAGGCGUUGAGAGCAUUGCGCAAUUGACAUUUCACCACAUUUCGCCAGGAUAACGCAAAUGUUGCUUUGAAGUGUUCCGAGCAUGCGAGACUCCUAAUUUGUUGAAAUCUCGUCGAAGUCCAUUUUCCACUGGAAAAUGCCCAGCGAGAUGGAGACAUUCAUCACACACAUACACACACACACACACACAAACAAAUUGUUAUAAUUUAUUUAUUAUUAUAUUAUUAUUGUGAAUUCAUUUCUCAAAUGGUAUUCUGCAUAUCGCCAAACUACCUCAGUCCAAGUACUUGGUGUUGAAUUGCCUCAUGAAUCAUGUAUUAGAAUUUUGUUUUAGAAUUUCACGCUACACACACACACACACACACAGCAAUGAAAUCUUCAAAGUCUUCCACAAAGCGUUUGUGUUUAAAGUCGAAAUUAGUUUUGACAAAAACUUAACUAUAAUUUUAAUAAUACCUUAUAUCUCUCCAUUUAAAUAUAGUUUCACGUAUAUAUAGUAUAUAUGCUAAGCCUCUUAGGGUUUUUCUAUUGUCUGUAAGCUAAAGAAAGUAUAUAUAUAAAUAUAUAUAUACACAUACAAACAUGUAUAGCGAUCUAUUUAUAAGACCACGUGAUAUAGUGAACAUAAUGAGCGUCUAAGGAAAAGCAAAAACAAGAAUUUUGAAAAAAAGAAAGAAAACGGAAAAACAAAAACAAACAGUUG